AUGAACCAAGACGCCUAUGAGACCGUCCAAGCCCGAUACGGCAACAUCGCCAAAGACACAUCCAACUCAGCCACCCAACAAGACGCAGACGACAAGAUCGCGCAGGCUUUUGGAUACAGCGCCGACGACCUCUCUUCGCUCCCUGGGAAAGCGAAUCUCGGCGUCAGCUGCGGGAACCCAACGGCGUUUGCCAGUAUAAAGCCGGGAGAAACUAUCGUCGAUCUGGGCAGUGGCGGCGGUAUUGAUGUGCUGCUGGCUGCUCGCAAGGUCGGUGAAAGGGGGAGGGCUAUUGGGGUUGAUAUGACGGAGGAUAUGAUAUCUCUCGCGCGCAAAAACGCAAAAUCUGCUGGCCUGACGAAUGCCGAGUUCAUCCAGUCCACAAUCACAUCCAUCCCGCUCGGGGAUUCAAGCGUCGAUUGUAUCAUCAGCAAUUGCGUUAUUAACCUCGUUCCCAAGGAGGAUAAGCCCGCUGUGUUCACAGAGAUGGCAAGGCUCCUUAGUCCCGGCGGCAGAGUUGCUAUCAGCGAUAUCCUGGCGAGAAAGCAACUACCGCAGGAUAUACUGGGUGAUAUGGCGCUCUAUGUUGGGUGUGUUUCGGGGGCGAGCCUGGUGCCGGAGUAUGAAGAGUGGCUUACACGGGCAGGGUUUGCAGAUGUUGUAAUCGUGGAUACAAAGGCCGAUAUCAAUGUCUACAAGCAGGGCUGUGAGUCCAGUCAGGUAGGCUGCUGUGAUUCAGGUAGGGAUUCUGUUAGGCCACCAGCUGCGAAGUUUGCAGAUGUCGAUUUCAAUGAGUGGGUUGGUUCAUUCCAGAUUUACGCUGUGAAAGGUGGUCAGUGA